AUGAGAUUUGCAACUACUCAACUUGCCACGCUCGCUUGGUUUAUUUUAGCAACUGAAGCUACCAUUCCGUUAAAAGGGUUCUUUAAUGAUACCAACAAGAAUGCUGCUCCAGUUAUUACUGAAUUAGGUGUUUACCAUGAAGAAGAAUCUACUAAUGAUCAACAACAAAAAGUUGAAGGAUUUAAUAUUGAUACAAACAUUAAGAAGAAAAGAAAUAAUGGGAAUUCUGGUGACUUCAAUGGUGAAGUAUUUAUUACUUCUACCAAAGAAUUGAAAACUACUGUGGUAGUUACUUCAUGUUUAAACAAUGUAUGUAGUGAAACAUCAAUUACUAAACCAAAAACUACGGUCAUUGCUACCACCUCGAAGCAUUCAACGUCUAAGCCAACUCAUGCUACUACUUCAAAACAUACCACUGCCAAGUCAACUCAUGCUACUACUUCGAAACAUACCACUGCUAAAUCCACCCAUGCUACUACUUCCAAGCAUUCAACGUCUAAGCCAACUCAUGCUACUACUUCCAAACAUUUGUCUUCCAAGUCCACCCAUGCUACUACUUCUAAAUAUUUGUCCUCUAAACCAAGUCAUGCUACUACCACAUCGAAGCAUUCAACUUCAAAGCCACCAUUUCCAUUUACUACAACAAAAUCUGUUACACCUUUAUCAUCUUCAAUUGCCUCCACUAAACAUACCAAUCAUAAAUCCCAUAAACCUUCGAAAACCGUUGUUACUAUGUCAUCAUGUUCAAAUAAUGCAUGUAGUCAUUCUGAAGUUACUACUGGUGUUAUAAUUGUUACUGAUAAAGAAACUGUUUACACAACAUUUUGUCCACUCACUGAUACAGACACAGAAAUUGAGACUAUUUCAAAGCACUCGACUCAUGCUACUACAUCAAAACACUUAACUCAUGCUACUACCACAUCGAAGUAUUCAACUUCAAAGCCACCAUUUCCAUUUACUACAACAAAAUCUGUUACACCUUUAUCAUCUUCAAUUGCCUCCACUAAACAUACCAAUCAUAAAUCUCACAAACCUUCAAAAACCGUUGUUACUAUGUCAUCUUGUUCAAAUAAUGCAUGUAGCCAUUCUGAAGUCACUACUGGUGUUAUAAUUGUUACUGAUAAAGAAACUGUUUACACAACAUUUUGUCCACUCACUGAUACAGACACAGAAACUGAGACUAUUUCAAAGCACUCGACUCAUGCUACUACAUCAAAACACUUAACUCAUGCUAGUACCACAUCGAAGCAUUCAACUUCAAAGCCACCAUUUCCAUUUACUACAACAAAAUCUGUUACACCUUUAUCAUCUUCAACUGCCUCCACUAAACAUACCAAUCAUAAAUCCCACAAACCUUCAAAAACCGUUGUUACUAUGUCAUCAUGUUCAAAUAAUGCAUGUAGCCAUUCUGAAGUUACUACUGGUGUUAUAAUUGUUACUGAUAAAGAAACUGUUUACACAACAUUUUGUCCACUCACUGAUACAGACACAGAAAUUGAGACUAUUUCAAAGCACUCGACUCAUGCUACUACAUCAAAACACUCGACCCAUGCUAGUACUCCAAAGCAUUCUACUGGUGAAUCAAGUCAUGCUACUACCGUGAAACACUCUACUGCUAAGCACUCAACUCAUGCCACUCCAUCAGAACACACUAGUGUUGAAUCAAGUCAUGCCACCACCAUCAAACACUCUACUGCUAAGCACUCAACUCAUGCUAUUCCAUCAGAACAUUCUACUGUCAAGCACUCAACACAUGCCACUCCAUCAGAACAUACCAGUGUUGAAUCAAGUCAUGCUACUACCGUGAAACAUUCUACUGCUAAGCACUCAAGUCAUGCUACUCCAUCAGAACAUACCAGUGUUGAAUCAAGCCAUGUUACCACCAUCAAGCACUCUACUGUCAAGCACUCAACACAUGCUACUCCAUCAGAACACUCGACUCAUGCUAGUAUUCCAAAGCAUUCUACUGGUGAAUCAAGUCAUGCUACUACCAUCAAACACUCUACUGCUAAGCACUCAACUCAUGCCACUCCAUCAGAACAUACCAGUGUUGAAUCAAGUUAUGUUACUACCGUGAAACAUUCUACUAUCAAGCACUCAACUCAUGCUACUCCAUCGGAACAUACCACUGUUGAAUCAAGUCAUGCCACCACCAUCAAACACUCUACUGCUAAGCACUCAACUCAUGCUAUUCCAUCAGAACACACCAGUGUUGAAACUGCUUCAGGUACUACUUCAGAGCAUACUAGUGUUAAAUCAAGUCAUGUUACCACCAUCAAACAUUCCACUGCUAAGCACUCAACUCAUGCUAUUCCAUCAGAACACACCAGUGUUGAAUCAAGCCAUGCUACUACCGUGAAACACUCUACUGCUAAGCACUCAACUCAUACUACUCCAUCAGAACAUACCAGUGUUGAAUCAAGUCAUGCCACCACCAUCAAACACUCUACUGCUAAGCACUCAACUCAUGCUAUUCCAUCAGAACAUUCUACUGUCAAGCACUCAACACAUGCUAUUCCAUCAGAACAUACCAGUGUUGAAUCAAGUCAUGCUACCACCAUCAAACACUCUACUGCUAAGCACUCAACCCAUGCUAUUCCAUCAGAACACACUAGUGUUGAAUCAAGUCAUGCUACUACCGUGAAACAUUCUACUGUUGAAACUGCUUUAGGUACUACUUCAGAACACACUAGUGUUGAAUCAGGUUCAGUUACUAAAUCAAUUCACGUCAAAACUUCGAGACAGUCUACCGUUGAGUCAACAUCAAGCGUGGCUUCUGCUUCUGAGUCAUCAGAUUUAGUUAAUAGUCUGGAAUCAACUGCUUUUGAGUCUUCGAUCUCAACCACUACUUCAAAAGACUCAACUUCUAAGCCAUCGACUUCAGUCAGCACUUUAGAAUAUUCUACUUCCAAGCCUCCUGCUCCUGCUACUACUUUAGAAUAUUCAACUACUGAAUCCACCAUUUUGAGUAGCACUUCCAAGUCAUCUACUUUGGGAUCAUCUGUACCAAGCUCUGCUCCAGAGUCGUCAAUAUUAACUACCACACCAGACUCAUCUUCUGAAUCUUUAAUUUCCACUACUACCUCAAAGUACUCAUCUUCUGAAUUCUCCAGUUCACCAACUACGUUGAAGUCAUAUUCCACCAAGUCAACCAUUCCAGGUACCAUAGUAUAUUCUUCUUCUACUACUUUAGGAUAUUCAGUUACUAAGUUCAGCAAUUUAACUACUACUUCAAAACCAUCUUUGUCAACUACUACUACUGAGUUAUUCACAUCAGCAACUACUUUGAAAUCAUUAGUUUCAGAAUCUUCUGUUCCUGAAUCAUCUAUUAUAAGUACCACCUUGAUGUAUUCUUCCUUCGAUUCAACAACUUCAAUUGAAACACCAAAGUCUACUAUCUCUGAGUCAUCGGGUUCAGCUAAUCCUUCAAAGUCAUCAACUUCAGCAUGGUCUACAUUAACAACAACUCCAGAAUCAUCUCCUAUGACUUCAAUCCUUUCAACUAACAAGUCCUCCAAACCAAGUACCACGCCAGAGUCAGCUGUUGUUACCACAAAGAACCCAUCUACUGAAUCGACCACAGAAGCUACUACUUGGGAAUCAUCUGCCUUUGAGUCUUCAGUUUCAACAACUACACCAAAAUCAUCAGUAGCAGUCACAACUCCAGAAUGGUCGUCUGUUGAUACUACAUCAAACCCAUCUGUUCCAAAUACUAUCUUAGAACACUCAACUUCAGCUGGUGAAACGUCAUCAGGUUCAGUGUACACAAUUUCUGAGCAAUCAACAACUGUUAUAACUGUUACGUCAUGUUCAAACAAUUUAUGCAGUAAAACUGAAGUAGCCACUGGUGUAACUAUCAUCACUUCUGAUACAACAAGUUACACUACAUUCUGUCCACUUACUGAAACCACUCCAGUAUCUCCUGCUUUAGAAUCACUGGUCACAGUUGGCAAAUCGACUUCCAACAUUGAAACCACUCCUGUUUCUGAAAGUGCUGUUUCUACUACCUCAGUUGCUUCGAGUGCUGCUUCUACUACCUCGGUUGGUUCAAGUGCUGCUUCUACUACUCCAGUUUCUAAAAGUGCUGUUUCUACUACCUCAGUUGCUUCGAGUGCUGCUUCUACUACCUCGGUUGGUUCAAGUGCUGCUUCUACUACUCCAGUUGCUUCGAGUGCUGCUUCUACUACCUCGGUUGGUUCAAGUGCUGCUUCUACUACUCCAGUUUCUAAAAGUGCUGUUUCUACUACCUCAGUUGCUUCAAGUGCUGCUUCUACUUCGAUUACUCCAGAUGUUAAAGCCACAACAAAUAGUCAAGGUACUAAAUCCACCUUAGUUGGUACAGAUUCUACAUCUACUUCAGAAACUACCGUGAUGGUUUACACCACUAAGAGCGUUGCUUCAACUACACUUGAAUCGAUUUCGGUUGCUGUAUCAUCUGCUGCUCAGUCAAGUGUUGCUGCUAUUUCUACAUACGAAGGUACUGGUAACAACAUGAAGUUUUCUUUCAGUGUUGCAAUUUUUGGUAUUGCUGCCUUUGUAAUUUAG